AUGAAAUCCAAUCAUCCUUAUACAAUAACAUUUCCAAUUUGGUAAUGUGAAUAAUGGUCUGCAUUAAAGGGUAGAUUGAAGUUAACAGAUGAAUAAGUAGUUAUUGCUCGAUGGAAUGACACAAGGUUUUUAGAUGAAGAAUUAGCAUUUUUGGAAUCUUAUCAUAGAAUUAAACCUCAUGCAGAGACAAAGUUGCUCAAACCAUAAAUUGGUCUCUUGCCUUCAAUUUUGUAGAUUGUAAGAACGAAUACAUAUACAGAUUUGAUAAUAGAGAAUGUUUCAUAAUGGCUUCUGAUUAAUGGUGACUUGUCGAAACUCUUGUUGAUUUACUUUGGAUAUGAUCUAUAUUAAGGUUUUUCCCCUAGAGAUUGCACAAUUGAAAAUAUUGUUAAGAAUGGUGAUUCAAUAGUAAUUUUAGAUUUCGGUUUAAAAAAGAGACAAGAAAAUUAUUGUGUCUAUUGGAAUCCAUUAAUAUUGAAAGGAAAACCUUGUAGAUCAUCAUAUUAAUGGUCUCUUGGCAUACUCUAUUUGGUAAUGACAUAAGGAACAUAUAUACUUAAUGAAGUACAUAGACAUAUAUCAGACUGGUUGCAAGGAGGUCGUUUAGAUAUAGGAUCUUUAAUUUCUAAUAAGAAACCAACAGUGUAAAAUUUAAUUACAUCACUCUUGAAUCCUGAAAAUCCAAUUCCAUGGCAUUAAAUUCCAUAUCAUUCAGCAUUUAGAGAAGAUAAUGCAUGUAAGUAGAUAUUAAAAGAUUUUUAAAUAAGAUUAAAUAGAAUGGAAGUGAAAUGUAGAUCAUCAUCAAGAAUAAGUAGUAGAGAUGAUUCUAAUUCUCUUAUAAAUUUGGUAUAAUAACCUAGUUGUAAUAAGAAUUAAAAGAUAUCUGAAUAAAAUUUAUUAAAUUAAUCUUUGAUAACUAAGAUUAGUAAUAUGUAGAAAAUGCAUUAAGAGAAUGUUAGAAAUGUAGUUGGGAAUAGAUAUUAAUCAGUAUAGAGUAGAUAAAAGUCAUCAUCUCAUUAAAGUCGUUAAAUGAUUUAAACUUAUAGUAGUAAUAAAUUUAAUAACUUCUUUUCAUCUACUAAACUACUUCCAAAGCCUUAAAUUAAAUCAUAAAAUAAUAGUAAUACUGGAGUAAAGAGUUUUAGGAAUUAGACCUAAAAUACAACAAUUUAUACAGGAUAUGAUUCAUCUAGAAAAAUAAAUGAUAAUAGUUAAGAAUUAAUACAUUAAUAAGGUUCUUAAAAAUAGAUUUCAUAAUCAUUCACAAAAAAUGAAUUCUUUUAUGAUAAAAUUAGAGCGAGAAUAUCAUCAGUUUAAGGUAAUACUAUUAAAAUGUAAGCAAAAUAAAGAUUUAGUUCAUCAUCUUAAAAUUAAAAAUCAGAUUAAAAUAGAUAAUAAUAAGUUGUUUAUAGUAAAGAAUCUAAAAACUAAGAUGAAUUAUAAUAAUUAUAUAAAUAAUCAGAAAAUGCUAUGGAAUAAUACAAAGCUAUUUAUAGUUCUGAUUUGGAAGAUAAUUAAUAGUAAAAACAUAAUUUAGAUGAAAGUAGAAUUAGUAAUGCUGAGAAUUACAUAUAAUUAAUAAAAAGAUCAACUUAAUAAUUGAGUCUAUUUUCUUAGAAAUAUAAUCGUUCUUUGGAUGCACUUAAUAUUAUUGGUUAAACAGUUGCAAAAUGUCUCACUUUUUUUAAUGGUCUAUAAAAUUUCUGGGUUAUUCCUUUAUUUUUAGUUUUUAAGAGAAUGUUAUAAUUAAGAAAAGAAAUUGAAAUAUUAUUAGAAUCUAAAGUUAAUUCAUUUGGUUUAGAUGAAUGGGAUUAUAUUACAUCUUGUUUUGAAUUUUAAAAUUAUUGCAAUAAAGUUAAAUAAGAUAAUUAAUAAGUUUAAAAUGAAUUAAAUUUAUUACUUAAUACAGCAAAAGCAAAAGCUGAUAAAUUAGAUAAAAAUAGAAAAGAUAAAGUUGAAUGGUUUUUAAAUGAUUUUAUUGAUGAUGAUAUUAAAGAUAUAUGUUAUACUUAUUUUCAUGGAUAAAUAUAUUAGAAUAUUAAAGAUAAAAAAGGAUUACCUAAAUAAACUUUAGAAUGGUUAAGACUUCAAAUAUAAGCUUAAGCUUCUUUAAUUAUUUUUGAAUUGCCUAUAUUAAUGUAUGAUAAAGAAAACUUCACUUAUGAAGGCUAUUUAUAAGCUAUGGAAUACACAGAUGAAAAUUAAAUUUUAUAAUACUUAAAACGAAAUGAGUAAUAUCUCGAAAGCAAAUGA